AUUCAGCGAGAAAGUCAUAAGGACACUUGUGGAACAAUUUUCUCCAAAAUCGCAAAGAAACCUCGUUAUCUGCAUGGAAACAAAUUUGCAUUGUUGCUUUAUCGACUAUCUUCGUGGUCCAGUUACCGAGUUUACUAAUUUCGUAAAUAAAUUGUCGCAUUAUAAAUCGCUCUCCGACCUUUAAGGACUGACUCAGUAUUACAGCAUAAAAUUGGGCAAAAUUGGGCAAAAUUGAAUAAUCCAACUUAUCUUACUCAUUCGCCUAUGACGCAGUCAACAAAUUAUUAUACAAAUCCCUCGACCACUUCUCUGAUGCACUUCGCGACACCGUGCAACAGUUUGUACCACCAACAAAGCCAAUGCAACGUACCGGGAGUUUUCGAGUGUGUGCAAAUGAAAACUCCAAUUACGCCAGCGAACAAUAUGUGUCACGUAUCGGAAGUCGGCUGUCAAACACCUUUGGACAACAGCAAUUAUUACACCAGUCAUCAGGAAAACUAUUCGGGAAACUGUAAUGUCGGAUUGAGUGAGCCGUUCAAUGGGGCGUUAACACCGACGCCGACGUAUAACGCAUCGCAGAGCUACGCGAAUCAUACGGUUUCUCAAACCAAUUCAAAUAUGUUUCGAGCGCACUUGCCGAGAAUGGCCAACUCACCGACAUCGUCCUUCCUAUUCGUUUCGUCAAACUGUGAGAGGGACGAAAUACGAAACACGACGUUGCCCUGUUACGAGCCAACAUGUUCGAUGUAUGUUCCAUCGGUGGAUACGGAUGUCUUCAAUGUGAAUUGGAAUAAGUUGAACAGAAGAAAGGAGAAAUGCCUAUGUAUCAAUUGCGUUUCUAUGUCUCAAUGCGACGCAGAUGGCAAACGGUUACAUGUGUGUCACGUAGAGAAUUGCGGGAAAGUGUACUACAAGAUGUCGCACCUUAAUGCACACCUGAGGGGACACAACGGCGACCGACCGUUCGUAUGCAUGUGGCAGCAAUGCGGCAAGAGCUUCACCCGCAGUGACGAGUUGCAACGUCAUUGGCGCACGCACACCGGCGAGAAGAAGUACAAGUGUGACAAGUGCGAGAAACGGUUCAUGAGGAGCGACCAUUGUAAGAAGCACGAGAAGACUCACGACAAUAAGAAGAGUAAGUAAGACCAAAUAACGAACAAGGAGCAGAAAACGCCUAUGUGUGGAGUAGCUAUGCCAUCGACAUAUAUAAACGAAUAUAACCCUACUGGUACCGAUUGCGGAAGAGUAUCGGUGCAGUCUGAAAAGGAAAUGAGGCAUCAGUUCCCCCAGCUCCUCCACUCCGGUCCACUGGUAGAAGAUUUUAGUCAGUAAGAGUCCGGCAUAGUCUCCUCAAAGCAGCGAGGGUAUCCAUGAGAAUUUCCCCCUCGUUAACAAAAGAAGAUUACAGAGAAUGAUUAGUCAUGUUUCCUUCAUUUUUUCUCUGUUUCUUUUGUUAAAAGUUAUAAAAAUAUUAUUUCAUUUAUUUCUGUCAGAGGAUCAUAGGAUUAAGGUGACGAAUGUAUUAACAUUUAAAAAAAUAAUUUUCAAAAAGUUUAAAAAAAUAAUUUUGCUAUUUAUUAUAGAACUUUGUUCUUGAAAGUGAAGAGCAAUCUCGCUCUUCCUUCGACCAAUCAUAUUAAUUGGCCAGCUAGUCAAUUAAAAAUAGAUGUAUAUUCAUGCGCGAAACUAAACACAUUUGUUCUGUCGAAAUUAGUCGAGAUUAGUAGGCUGUAUGAUCACAAUUGUAAUUAUUUGCUAACUUGCGCGGUUAUCCAUUAUGGCAGCAGCCCAAGUGACAAUAAAUGAAAUA